CCCGCUUUUCUGGUUAUCCUCUCUGGUCUGGUCUGGUCUACGAGACUAGAGAGUAGAGAUAACGAAGAAAGUUGAAAUGUCGUCGUCUGCCGAUACUUGAGCCUUGGUCCUUUCUUUUGACUCGAACUCAUAGAUGGUAUAGGAGCUUUUCGAGCCCUCUCCUCUGAUUGAGCUUUUUGCUUGAAGAAAAAUGGCCAUAGGCGGUUUCAUCUCGAACCACAAUUUCGGUUCGUUUAUCGGCUCAGUACAUGGAGCUACCAGCUAUGCACAGUAGCAGAGAAAAUUAUGCCAAACAGAACAUGUUAUUUCACAUCAGAGAGGAGGGCGUCUGGGUGUUGCUUUCGGUGUACCACGACAGGGACAUAGGAAUAUGUUCUACCAACAAUCAGGAAGUCUAAGGGAAAAUAUUGCUACAUCUAGAUGCUUGUAUGGACCAUUUCGUCAUGCUCUUGCUACCUCAGAUGGGAAAUUUUCAAAGCCCAUAGGAAGACUAAAGGAUGAAGGGAAGCAUGCUUGUCCAUUUCCCUUGCCAACUAUUUGUGGCAUCAACCCUAGGCAAAGAUUCUGUGGGAAGUCUCGGUGUUAUAUUUCUUCAUAUUCUGCUCAGAGCAAGCAGAUUCAACCAAUAGAGCUGAGUACAUGUAGUGGAUAUUCUGAGCAUGUUAAGAAAUCAAACAGAACCUGUGCUUAUUACAAGUCUGAGGACUAUGACAUAGCAGAUGCAAAGGUGGACUCACUGACAUCAAUUGAAGAGUCGAGUGAAGCUGUUUUAGUGGAAGGAAAUGUGCCAAAAGUAUCUUCUUGGUGGGAGCAGUUUCCCAAGCGUUGGGUGAUCGUACUGCUCUGUUUUACUGCAUUUCUAUUGUGCAACAUGGACCGUGUGAAUAUGAGCAUUGCUAUACUUCCAAUGUCGAAGGAGUUCAACUGGAACAGCACAACAGUUGGCUUAAUCCAGUCCUCCUUCUUCUGGGGAUACCUACUUACUCAGAUUGUUGGAGGCAUAUGGGCAGAUAAAAUUGGUGGGAAGCUGGUAUUAGGUUUCGGAGUAGUCUGGUGGUCAGUGGCAACAAUUUUGACACCUAUUGCAGCAAAAAUAGGGCUUCCCUUUUUGCUUACCAUGCGUGCUUUUAUGGGAAUUGGUGAGGGUGUUGCUAUGCCUGCAAUGAAUAAUAUGCUCUCUAAGUGGAUUCCCGUGUCAGAGAGAAGCAGAGCACUUGCACUAGUAUACAGUGGCAUGUAUCUUGGUUCUGUCACAGGGUUGGCUGUCUCUCCUGCUCUUAUCAACAGAUUUGGGUGGCCAUCUGUGUUUUACUCAUUUGGCUCCCUUGGAAGUAUCUGGUUUGCGUUAUGGCUAAGUAAAGCAUAUAGCUCACCAAAAGAUGACCCAGAACUUAGUGUGGAGGAGAAAAGGCUUAUCUUGGGUGGUAACAUAUCGAAGGAACCCGUUUCCGUCAUUCCUUGGAAAUUGAUUUUAUCUAAAGCACCUGUUUGGGCUCUUAUAGUCUCCCAUUUCUGCCAUAAUUGGGGGACAUUUAUUUUAUUAACAUGGAUGCCUACUUACUACAAUCAGGUUUUGAAGUUCAACCUUACCGAGUCUGGGCUCUUCUGUGUCUUGCCAUGGUUGACCAUGGCUGUUUUUGCCAAUAUUGGAGGCUGGAUAGCAGACACUCUUGUGAGCAGAGGUCUUUCAAUAACAGCAGUUCGUAAGAUCAUGCAAUCAAUUGGGUUUUUGGGCCCAGCCUUCUUUCUUACGCAGCUGAGCCAUGUCAAGACACCUGCUAUGGCUGUGCUAUGCAUGGCAUGCAGUCAGGGAUCUGAUGCAUUUUCACAAUCUGGUCUCUAUUCCAAUCACCAAGACAUUGGACCGCGCUAUUCUGGAGUAUUGUUGGGACUCUCGAAUACGGCCGGAGUGCUUGCUGGUGUCUUUGGUACAGCUGCAACCGGUUACAUACUCCAACGAGGUUCUUGGGAUGAUGUAUUCAAGGUGGCUGUUGCAUUGUACAUCAUAGGCACCUUGAUCUGGAACCUCUUUUCAACUGGAGAAAGGAUUCUUGAAUAGGAAAAUGCUAGAAUGUCAGGACAUUAAGAUGCACCCAACAUAACGAUAGAGAUUGAGUAAUGAAGAGAUGGAAGAUAUAUACACAACCAAGGAUGAGCAGGACAUGAACCUGGAGGAAAAAUGGAUGAAAAAAAGAACGGAGGAGUUGCAAAUGCUAGGACAAAACCCUCCUGGACAAAUAAGGCUUAAGAUGCUGCAGUUAAAGUUUUUAUACCAACUUUUGAGGCCCUACAUUUGUUCCGGCAACUUUUGGCUUGACCUAAAAUACUUCUUGUUUUUUAACAGAUCAAUGACAUUUCCUCUUCUUUUUA